AUGUAAGAAGCUUAUGUGCUCCAUGAUCAGUAUAGGAAUCAAUCAAUGUAAAAUUACAUCAGUGGAACAUCUCGUCCUCUUUAUUUCAAGCGACCACUUGUACCAACAAUGACAGACACUCCUUUAAAAUUGAGUCAACCUCCAGUAUAAUAGAUAAAGGAAUAAGUUCUUCCUGCCAAAGUGACAAUAGAAAGAGUAGAUUAAAAAUUAAAUAGUAUAGGUUAAGGAUGUUGAGAUUUAAACAGAUUAUAGAGAUGCCGAAGCUUAAACUGACCCUUAUACACCUGCUCAUGAUCAAAACGAUGAUUAAACAAUAGAAAUUUUGGCUUUAUAACAUUUAAAAUGGGAUAAAGGUUUGCCUGCUUCAAUAGAGGAAUUAGAGUCAAUUGAAUGGAAUAGAGAAAAAGUAUGGUUUGAAAAUUCGUUACCUCCUAUCUCAGAUGAAGCAUCAUUUAAACUAAGGAGAGCUUUAAUGAAAUCUUAGGAAGAGAGGGAAUGGAAGAAGAAAGAGACAGACAUUAAAAUGUAUAUAGCUAUCUUUAUGGUAUUUUAGUACUUAAAAUGAAAGAUUAUAUUUGCUUUAAGAAGCAUUAAAAGAGAGGGAAAAGGAUGUAGAAGAGAAAAAUGCUUAGAGAAUUGAAAGCAUAAAGAUUAAGAAGACAGAAUUAAAGAAUAGAAUGGUUGCAAAGAUAUAGAAGAGAAAAAUAAAGAUAUUAAGAAAGAUGCAAAAGAGUAGAAAGGAGAUAGAUAAUGAGGAUAAGGGUAGAGAGAUUAUUGAAGAUUAUGCUAAUUUUGCUUCUAAAGUAUAUGCAGGGAUUACUAGAGAAGGAUUGAGUUUAGAUAAGAUUGCAAGCAAAUAUGAAGUUUAACCUGUUGCUCUGAAUACUUAUAAGGGUUUAACUGAAUUAUCCACCACAAUAAAGCCAUCAAUUUUAGAAACUACUGUAAAUGUGGCUUAAUUUAUAAAAACUAUAGAGAAAGAUUAUACUAGAUUGGAAAUAUAACAUAAAAUAGAAGUAAACAAAGCAAGAAAUUAAAUAUUUGGAACAAAUAAGCAAGAUUAAUCUAAUGAAAAUUAAGCAGAUCAUAUAGGAAAUAAGAAUAUUAUAAUAAGACCAGCUACACCCACAUAUAACUAAGAAUUUGAGAAUGGAGAUAUAAAGAGAUAAGAGAUGAAGUUUGAAAAUUAUGAAUAAUUUAAAGAGGAAGCAACUAAAAGAUAGGGAGAGGAUAAAAGAAAUUCAGCUGUAGUCUUACUAUAAAGACUAUUUAGAGGAAGAGCAAUGUAAAAUAUCAUGUAUGAAGGAAAAGAGAAGGUAUUGGAUUAUGAAAUUAAAAAUAGAGAACUGCUUUAAUUGAAGAGCUCUUAACUGUAGCAAAAAUUCCAGAUUUACCAGAGGCUGAAUAAGAAGAAAUUUUAAUGCAAUAACAUGAGGAAAAAGUGAAGAAUGCAGCAUUAGAAGCUAUUCAAGGGGAAGUGAUAGCUGAGACUUUAGAUAUGCUUAGCAAAGAAUUACUAAGAAUAAAAUAAGAGAAGAAAAUAGCAUAGAUGAUGAAAUCAGCAGAGGAAGAUAGGAGAUUAAGAGAAAUUUAAGAGGCAGGAACAAGAUAAGCUGAAUAAAUUCUUAGAGAUAGAGAGGAUGUUCAAUAUAAUCAAAUUAUGAGAGUACAUUAAGGAACAGUAGAUACUUAUUUACAUUGGAUAUUCAAGAAUACUAUAGAGCAAGGUAUAGAAUUCGAGGAUGUGAAUAGCUGCCACAAGAUAGGCUACAAUAAUGACAAAUUUAAGGAAAUAAAAGAUGAAUGCACCAGUUGAACAUUUUGAAAGAAAGUAUAAUAGUGAUGAAACUAUCAUUAAAGACCUGGUAUAAUAAUUCUUAAUACCGAACGUAUAGAGGUCUAAGUUAUAAAAAUAAAGUAUUUUAUUAAAAAUAUAAUAAAGUAUAAAUUGAAGAGAGAAGAUUUAAUGAGGCUGCUAAAAAAUCUAUUUAAGCAACUUUAUCUUCAGCUGCAUAAGAACUUAAUCAAAGAUGA